AUGGCGCUGUCAGCUCGGUGGAAAUCCCUGCCAGGGCAUCUGCUCCCUGACCGUGAGAUUCAUGUGGUGGUAUCCAUUCUCUCGGGUCGCCACAAGGCGCAAGAAUACUACGAGGGGUCCAUUAAGCCGCUACUCGAUCAGCAUGAAAUCCAAUAUUUUACACACCAGACAAAGUCUGCAAGGACCAUCAUCGAACUGACAGAGAAACUCUUUAUUCCAAACGCGCGGCGCGGGGUGAAACAAACAAUUAUCCUUCUAUCAGGUGAUGGCGGAAUUGUCGAUAUCGUUAACACCUUCACCACUGUGCUAGACCGCAGCAAUGACGAUAUGCGAAGCCCUUCUAUAUUUCUCAAGCCUGCCAUCAUUCUCAUUCCCAUGGGCACCGCCAAUGCUUUGGCCUGGAGUUCCGGUGUCGCGCAGGAUGCCAUCAAAAGCAUGAUGGAGGGAAGACCAAAGUCUUUACCAUCGUUCAAAGUUACUCUCAGUCCUGGCGCUAGGCUACUGGUCAACGAAGGUCAAGACCGGGAAGCCCUGGGCGAUUCGGAGGAAGAUGAAAGUAUCACCUAUGGUGCAGUGGUGUGUAGCUGGGGUCUCCACGCGAGCCUAGUGGCAAUGAGCGACACGACGGAGUAUCGCAAGCAUGGAGUAGAAAGGUUCAAGAUGGCGGCGGAACAGCUACUAACAGAAGCUCACGUUUACAAAGGGAAGGUCAAGUGGCGAAAACAAAAUAGUGACUGGACGGAAGUGGCGGGAACAGAGCACGCCUACAUCCUGGCUACGAUGGUAUCCAGACUUGAGGAGUAUUUUCAGAUCUCGCCAGCUAGUAAGCCAGUGGACGGGACGCUGAAACUGGUUCUGAUUGGCGCUGAGCCUGCUUCGGAGAUCAUGCGAAUCCUGGGGCUAGCGUACCAAGCCGGUCAGCAUGUCGCAGAUCCGAAGGUCGUGUACGAGGACAUAGAGGGUUUGCGAAUCGACCUUGACGAAGACGACGACCAGUGGCGUCAGGUUUGCGUGGAUGGGAAGAUUAUCGCAGUCCCUCAGGGAGGUUGGAUGGAGGUAACGAGGAUACCUGGGACAGGCAUGGAUGCAAGGCGUGUUGUCGAGCUGGUUUGCUAA